AGCGGAAGCAGCGAAGGGCGGGGGCGGGGGGAGGAGGCGGGGGCGCUGCCCGGGUGACAGGGCCGUCCCCGGGGGCGGAGCGCAGCGGCCUGCGGCGGGGCCGGGCGACGUGUCCGAGCGCAGCUGCCUGCGGCGGGGCAGAGCGACGUGUCCGAGCGAGUCGGUCCCCCUGUCCCGUCCCAGUCCCGUCCCAGCCCGGCGCCGCGGCACCAUGUCCGGCCAGAGCCUCACCGACCGCAUCACGGCGGCGCAACACAGCGUGACCGGCUCGGCCGUCUCCAAGACCGUCUGCAAGGCCACGACCCACGAGGUCAUGGGGCCCAAGAAGAAGCACCUGGACUAUUUAAUCCAGUGCACAAAUGAGAUGAAUGUGAACAUCCCCCAGCUGGCAGACAGCUUGUUUGAAAGAACUACCAACAGUAGCUGGGUGGUGGUCUUCAAGUCCCUCAUCACAACUCACCAUCUAAUGGUGUAUGGAAAUGAGCGUUUUAUCCAGUAUCUAGCUUCCAGAAACACACUGUUCAAUUUGAGCAAUUUCCUAGACAAAAGUGGAUUGCAAGGGUAUGACAUGUCCACAUUUAUCAGACGGUAUAGUAGGUAUCUGAAUGAAAAAGCAGUUUCUUACAGACAAGUGGCUUUUGACUUCACCAAAGUAAAAAGAGGGGCUGAUGGAGUCAUGAGGACAAUGAACACAGAAAAACUCCUUAAAACUGUACCAAUUAUACAAAAUCAGAUGGAUGCACUUCUUGACUUCAAUGUCAAUAGCAAUGAGCUUACAAAUGGUGUAAUAAAUGCUGCCUUCAUGCUUCUCUUCAAAGAUGCCAUUAGACUCUUUGCAGCUUAUAAUGAAGGAAUUAUUAACCUUCUGGAAAAAUACUUUGACAUGAAAAAAAACCAGUGCAAAGAAGGCCUUGACAUAUAUAAGAAGUUCCUCACUAGAAUGACAAGGAUCUCAGAGUUUCUCAAAGUUGCAGAGCAAGUUGGAAUUGACAGAGGAGACAUACCAGAUCUUUCUCAGGCACCAAGCAGUCUUCUUGAUGCUUUGGAACAACAUUUAGCCUCUUUAGAGGGAAAGAAAAUCAAAGACUCCACAGCUGCAAGCAGGGCUACCACACUUUCCAAUGCAGUCUCUUCCCUUGCGAGCACUGGCCUGUCUCUCACUAAAGUGGAUGAAAGGGAAAAACAAGCUGCAUUAGAGGAAGAGCAAGCUCGUUUAAAAGCUUUAAAGGAACAACGUCUAAAAGAACUUGCAAAGAAACCUCAUACCUCUUUAACGACAGCAGCCUCUCCUGUGUCUACUGCAGCGGGAAGCAUAAUGACCACCCCAGCCGUUGAUAUUUUUUCCACCCCUAGCUCUUCAAACAGCACAUCAAAGCUGCCAAAUGAUCUACUUGAUUUGCAGCCAACCUUUCAUCCAUCUGUACAUCCUAUAUCCACUGGGCCACAAGUAGGAGGUACAUGGGGAGGCACCACCUGUAAUGGCCUAUCCUGCUACAACACCAACAGGAAUGAUGGGAUAUGGAAUGCCAACACAGGUGGGAGGUGUACCAGUCAUGACACAACCAACCUUAAUAUACAGCCAACCUAUCAUGAGACCACCAAAUCCUUUUGGCCCCGUUUCAGGAGCACAACUGUCUGCAGCAUCCAGUCCUUCCAGUCAGAGUCCUCACAGAGCCUCAGGAAAGGAUCCCUUUGCAGAGCUCUCUCUCCAGGAUUUCUUGUAAAACAACUUAGAUACAGUUUAUGUAAUCAUGCCAGAUGGAAGAGAAAGGAACAGCUCCAAAAAGACACGUAUCAACAGCAAACCCCUACUUCCAGCAAAAUCCAAAUUGCUGUAUUUUAACUCCUCUUCCUUUAAAAUGAUGCAGGAAAAUCAUGAAGGCCCACAAAGGAAACUGGGACAACUCUUUAGGAAAGUGUCAAUACACGAUAUAAAGCCAAGAAUUCCCCUAAUUUAAGAUGUUUUUUUCUGGUGACUAACGCGUCAGUACUUUCAACUCCUAUUAGUAUCCAUAAUCAGUAACAUACUAAGAGAAGCUCUUAUUCUGAAAUCGUAAGAUUUGUAUUUGGAAAUGCUGUGGGCAAUGAAGAUGAGUGUCCUUUACCAUAACUCAAAACAAGAUUUUCUUCGGGGGAUCAGAUCCUAACUCUUAAUUCUGCAGUUAUCUUUUCUUCAGUCCUCACAAAUGUAGACACAGCAAUGAAAAUUAACUUUUCUUUUUUAAAAAAAUUAUAUAUUCAGUUUGCAGUAGACAUUCCUUAUGUAUUGUUUGUAUUUAUUUAUGAUUAUCAAUUUAAGUAACAUUAAUAUUGUAUCAAACUCCUUAUGAAAAUGAGUAUGGAUGUAUACAGUAUGUCUGAUUUUUAUCCACAAGAAUGAUUUUGAUUCAGAAUGCUUUUCAGCUGACACAUAGAGAGCACUAACUAUUUUAAAGGCCUGAAUCUUAUGAAUUCUCAGUCUGUAUGGGAAUUAGGGAAGUUAUAAAAUGCAUUAAUCCUUAUAGUCAAUUCUGUGCCGAGGGUUUUGCAAGGGAACAGUUAACUGACCAGGAGAAACACUACAUUUUUAAUUCAGCAUUAGUGUGUUGGGAAGGAACUUUAUUGCUUUGUGCUUGGCAUGUCAUCAUUUUAGAUUUGACAUCAGGCCCUUCCAGAAUGAAUGUGAGGAAUUGCUUUCACUUUAAGACUUUCCUUUUCUUUAAACACUCUAGGAGGUAUUUUGUGAAAAAAGCCUUGAUUUUCAUUUGGCUAGUGCCAUGUUUAUGAUCAUGUACCUUUAAAAAAAAAAAAAUGGGGGGGAAGUAGGAUCUUUACAAAUGACGACUAGCAAGAAUUUAGUUAAUGAGGAAUUAAAGCAGCACUGUUGAUCGGUGCUUUGCGUAAAUAGUUAACUUUUGGGUGGAAAGGGGCCUUCAGAAGGAUAGUCAAUGAUAUGAAAGCAAUUCUGUACAUGAAUUAAGCAUACUUGCUGCAUUGUCUCUGCAGAUUCUAUUUUUGUUUAAAAUAUUAAAAUGUAUGUUAGCAAAAAUGGGUGGAUUUUCAAAUAAAAUGCAGCUUCCACAGA